UGGGGCGAGAGACGCUGCUCGUGCGAGAGGGGUGCGCUUCCGCCGCUUGGUUGGUUGCAUCUGCCGGCCAUGCAGGACGAGCGGCCGCUGGCGCUCGCGGUGGUCGUCGCGUGCGCCAUCGGCCUCUUCUCGGUCCUCCUCACCGAGCUCGUCCUGCGCAGCGGCGCCAGCCGCCGCCUGGCGUCAGCGGUCCCGCCGGAGCUAAAGUGCUUUGUGUCGGGGCUGCUCUCCGGGCUGGGGCUGCUGGUGAUGCUGCCGCUUGCGCUCGACCAGCUGACCGCCGCGGGAUGGCCGUACGAGCACAUCCUGCUCGCGUUUCUCGCCGGGCCGCUCGCGACCUUCUUCGUCAACCACGUCAUGCUCGACCACCAGCACGCCGACGACCCCUCCGCUGCGCCGCACUCGCACGGACGGCGGUCGGACGGGACGCAGAUCCUGUGCGGCCAGGCGACGCCCGCAAAGUUCACCUUUGGCGGAGCGCCACAGCUCGUUUGCCAGGUCUCCGGUCGGAGUCCCGAGGCGCUUGCAGACGAGGAGAGCGCGGGGGCGGCGUGGGCGGACAAGCUGUCGGUGGUCUGCGGCGCCGUGCCCUUCACGAUCCACGCCGCCGUCGACGGGUCGAUCCUCGGCACCGCCCACUCCCCCGUCCUGCUCGCUUCGCUGGCGCUGCCAAUCACGCUGUGCGCGGUGCAGGACGUCGCCACGAUCGUGCUCACUCUCUCCGCGAGCCGCGCCUCUCGGCGCGCGAUCAUCGCCUCCGCCGCCUGCUUCGGUGCGGGCUUCCCCAUCGGCGCCGGUCUGCUCGUCGCGCUCGCCUCCUCGCCCUCCGCCGCCAGGGCCGCCCUCGCCCUCCCCGCCGUCGCCGCGGGCCUCUUCCUGUACAUGGCGGUGUUCGAGUUUGCGCCGCCGCACGCGCAUGGCCGCAAGGCGUCGCUAGCUCAGUGGCUCGCCUUCUCGAGCGGCGUCGCCCUCGCGUACGCCACCGAGGCGCUUGAGCACUGGGCGGAGGCGGCUGCGGUCGGGGCGGCGGCGAGGGCGGACCUCGAGGCGACGCGCCGCACGGGCAACUCGACGGGCGCCGACUUUGGCGCCGGCUUUGGCGCCGACUUUGGCGCCGGCUUUGGCGCCGAGAGCGGCUUUGCCGCGGAGGCGCGGAGGGCGGAGGCCGUGGUCGCGGCGCUGGUGCUGGCCGGCGCGCUCGGCCUCGCGCUGGCGUGCUUUUGGCGGCCGCGGCGCGGGGCGGGUCGCGCGGGGCGCGCGUCGCGGGCGAUGGCGAGGCGGGUCACGUCAGCGGGCGAGGCGGCCGCGGCGGCCGCGCGGCGAUUGCGCGUGUCAACCAAGCGCCUCCGGCAGCCGUGGCGAGCGUCGAGGAGGCGGCGGGACGGGCAGUCGGCCAAGCUCGUGUCCGCUGCCCCGGCACUCGCAGACGACAAGGAGGAGGGGGAGGGCGAGAGCAACGCGCUCGCGAUGAGUGUGGAGGAGGUCUAGGCGGUCGCAGGGUGAGGCGUUGUCGUGCUGUGUGCGCGAGUGUGCGGCCAGAUUCUUAUUCGUCGCGCCCCCGGAGCGUGCGAGGGGAGGAGCGAGAGCGCGAGAGCCGCGUUGGCGCGUGCUCGAGGUGUGCGGUGUGCAUGGGGCCACAUCGCCUGGCCUUCCCUCCGCUGUUGUUUUCGUUUUGAUUGUUCGCAUGGGGUAUGGCUA